AUGUUCGCAGACGCAUCUGAAAUUUUAUUUUUGGAAGAAUGUUGUAAGUUUACAGUAGAUCCAGCAAAGUAAAUUAAUGCAAUUAUUAUUUUAGAGCUGAUAAAAUGAUAUUUUUGGCUGAUACCUAUAAAUAAUAUUUUCAAGGAAGAACCAAUAUAUUAAUUUCAUAAAAUUAGGAUAUUUUGGAUGCAUGCAUUUUAGAGAGAUUAAAAUAUCCGUAUAUUUUUAUAUUUAAGUAGCUAAACAAAUCCUUAUGUAAAUCUUGUGCAAAUAAAAUAUAAUAUUGAGUAUUUAAAAGGAAGACCUUGGUAUAAUACUCCAGAAAUCGGAAAUCUAAUUGAAUCAUUUAAAAUCAUGGUUUAAAAUUACUUGAUGACAAUUCUAUAAUAUCCUGACUAAUUUUCACCUCAAAGAUGUAUAUCAGACAGAGAGAAGGAGCAAAAUUAAGGUAUUCAUUAUAAAUAUGAAAGAGCUUUAAAAAUUGAUUGCACGGCUUUUUGAUAUUUUUGAUACAACAGGAUUUGAUUCAGAUAUACACAGUUUAUUUAUUUAAAAUAUUCGAGAAAAUUAUGAUGAAAACAUGUUACAUAUACAAAUAAUCUAAUAUUCUAGAAAUUGUAUUUCAAAGGUUUUAAUAAAAGAAUUAAUUUUAGCUUCAUAUUCAUAAUGAUCAAGUGAAUCUUUAUUUUGCAGUAUUCUUACAUUAUUUAAAGGAUAACAAAACCAAAGAGUUAAUUAUGUCUGAUAAAAUUGCUAAAUGGUAAAAAAUUAUAAUUUAAAAUAGGAAUGUAAAAACAGAUAAGGGAGAUAUAUUAGAAAAAGAAUAUUUUUUAGGUCCUAUAUUUACAAUAUCAUUAUUAUAAGAAAAUCAAUAUGUGAGAUAGAGGGCUCAUCAAAAUUUAACAGGUAAAAUGACAAAGAGAUAAUUUCAAAUUCUUCUUAAAUAAUAUUAAUAAGUAGGUCACAAUCAUGUUGAAAGUUUAGUAACAUUGAUAAAAACAUGUCUUUCAAAGAACACAUUUUAAUAAACUAUACAAUUUUUAAAUCAUGUAUGUUUAUGCAAUAAAUUUAAAACAAAAGAAGGAUAUUAACAUAAUAGAUAGAUGAGAAUAAAAUAAAAUGUUUCAUCUGAUGGAUUUCUACUUAAUUUAUAUGAUACUUUAUUAUAUUUAUCAAAUAAAAUAUCAAGUAGAUCAGAUGAUACUUAUACAAAAAUAGAUAAGCAAUUUUGGUAUACUCUUCCUUUUGAGAAUGAAUAAAUGCUUUUAUGUAUUUGAUUUUUAUAAAUUUUAGUUUCUUAAAUACCAUUAAGUAAAUAGAAUUUAUAAAUUGGUAAUGUAAGUUAUUUAUUUUUUUAUACUUUAAAAUAUGUUCAUAUAGGAGUAAUACCAAUUCUUUAGAAAUUGGAAGAUAUGCUUAAAGAAAUGCAAGAUAAUAAAGAACUUUUAGAAUUAUUAGCUGGUCAACCUGAAGAAGCUAGAAUUAAAGCAGAUAUAGAAGCUAUGGAUUCAGAAGUUCAUCAAUUAGAAUUAGUAAUUUUUAACUAUGGAAGAAUUAAAGAUACAAUUUAAUUAUUUGAUACAUUUAUCUAUUUAUUUAAAGAAUGGCUUAAUAUUGAUAAUAUGAUUGAUGGUUAAACAUUAUGGCAGAAACCAGAUAUUUUAAAUUAUAUUCCAGAAUUUGUAAUUAAUGUUAUAAUAGAUUAUAUUCACUUUUAUAUGUAACAUUAUGAAGGUUUUGUUGAUAUUUUUUUUGAUUUUUAAAAAGUAUUGUAUUAUUUUAGAAAUAGUUUACGUUUUUUGCAGAACUUGGAAUGUAUUUUAUUCAUUUACCAAUUGCAACAAAUAAAUAUUUAGCUGGAAAAUUUAUUGAAAUGAUAUUUUUUUAUACUAGGGUUACGAAAAAUAUAGCUAACAUACCUUUAAUAUUUAUUUCAAAUAGUUUAAUAAAAGACAAUUUACUUUUAGGACUAAUAAAAUAAUAUUCAGCAGUUGCAGAAACAGGAGCAAAUAAUCAAUUUUAUGCUAAAUUUUAAUACAGAUUAUAUAUUAAUGAAAUUCUAUUCUAAUUAAUGUAGAUAGAUAUUUAUUAAAAUUAAAUAAAAAAAUAUAUAGAAUGUGAAUCAGGUCAAAGAUUAAUAAAACAUAUGAUAAGUGAUAUGAAUUAUGGUUUUGAAGAGAUAUGGACUACAUAUUUAGAAACAUAUCAAAAAAAAUUAAAAGAUGCUCCUAAUAGUUUAUAAGAAAAAUACAAUAAAAAGCGAGAAUUAGAUUUGAUUAAAAGUUAAAUUAAAUCAAAUUUAUAAAAUAUGAAAUCUAAUUUGAAGUUAUUAGUUGAAUUUAGUUUCCAUAUUCCAAAAGUUUUAAUGAAUGAAGGUAAUAUUAUUAAUUAAAUAAAUAGUUUUCUAAGAAAUGAUAUUAAAAAUGAUUAAUUAUUAUCUUGAUAAUUUAUUAAAUGAAAGACUUAAAGAAAAAUUAGAUUCUUUAAAAAAAAUUGCUGAAAAAGAAUUUAGAUUAGAAACAUUUCUAACACUAAUAGGAACAUUUUUUGCAAAUGUUUAUAAUCAAAAAAAAGUUGUGAGUAUCCUUGUAAAAGAUGAUAGAUCUUAUAAUAUAGAAAAUUUUUUAAAAUUAGAAUAUUUUUUUAGAUAGAAAAUUGCUGGAUAAUAAGAGAAGGUUGAAAGAUUAAGUAAAUUUAUUGAAACUUUGUAACUUAAAUCAGAAAAAAAAAAAUUUAUGGAAAGUAUUUUAGAAUAGACACAGAUUCCAGAAAGAUUUUAAGAUCCUAUAAAUGGAGAAGUAUAAAUUAAUAUUUUAAUUUAGUUAAUGAGAGAUCCUGUUUUAUUACCAUAAUCUAAAGAAAUAAUGGAUAGAAAAGUUAUUGUCACUGCAUUAUUAGAAAAAAAAUAAGAUCCAUUCACUGCUACUCCUUUAGAUACUAAAGAUUUAAUUCCUUAACCAGAACUAAAAAAGGAGAUAGAAAUAUGGCUUACUGAAAUUAAGAGACAAAGAGAUCUUAAAGUCUAAGAAGCUUAAAAAAAUAAGAUACAAACUGAAAUUUAGUUUUAAUAAUCUUAAAGCUUUAAUUUAUAGGAUGAUGAAGAUGAUCUAAAAGUAUAUAAAGGGAAUAAAUAUGAAGAUGAUUGA